GUUGGAUCCAGGCGCAUCAACUUCAGCAGGAAACUGAACAUCGCCUAGAACAUGUCUUAGAGAACAUGAAAAUGCAACUGGAACGUACAAGGACUAUGGUUUCAUUCGCCAAAGAUAUCGACGCCUGUCUGGCUAACCCUUGUCACACCAAGGCCACCUGUACAGAUAACCCCGCUCCUGGUCUGGACGUGACUUGUACCUGUAAGACUGGAUAUACAGGAGAUGGUCUUGUCAGUGGAACUGGAUGUUCCGAUAUAGACGCCUGCUUGGCUAACCCUUGUCACGCCAAGGCCACCUGUACAGAUAACCCCGCUCCUGGUCUGGACGCGACUUGUACCUGUAAGACUGGAUUUGAGGGAGAUGGUCUCGUCAGUGGAACUGGAUGUUCAGACAUCGACGCCUGCCUGGCUAACCCUUGUCACACCAAGGCCACCUGUACAGAUAACCCCGCUCCUGGUCUGGACGCGACUUGUACCUGUAAGACUGGAUAUACAGGAGAUGGUCUUGUGUCAGGAACUGGAUGUUCAGACAUCGACGCCUGUCUGGCUAACCCUUGUCACGCCAAGGCCACCUGUACAGAUAACCCCGCUCCUGCUCUGGACGCGACUUGUACCUGUAAGACUGGAUAUACAGGAGAUGGGCUUGUGUCAGGAACUGGAUGUUCCGAUACCGACGCCUGUCUGGCUAACCCUUGUCACACCAAGGCCACCUGUACAGAUAACCCCGCUCCUGGUCUGGACGCGACUUGUACCUGUAAGACUGGAUUUACAGGAGAUGGUCUUGUGUCAGGAACUGGAUGUUCAGAUAUCGACGCCUGUCUGGCUAACCCUUGUCACGCCAAGGCCACCUGUACAGAUAACCCCGCUCCUGGUCUGGACGCGACUUGUACCUGUAAGACUGGAUAUACGGGAGAUGGGCUCGGCAGUGGGACUGGAUGUUCAGACAUCGACGCCUGCCUGACUAACCCUUGUCACGCCAAGGCCACCUGUACAGAUAACCCCGCUCCUGGUCUGGACGCGACUUGUACCUGUAAGACUGGAUAUACGGGAGAUGGGCUCGGCAGUGGGACUGGAUGUUCAGACAUCGACGCCUGCCUGACUAACCCUUGUCACGCCAAGGCCACCUGCAAAGAUAACCCCGCUCCUGGUCUGGACGCGACUUGUACCUGUAAGACUGGAUAUACAGGAGAUGGUUUUGUUUCCGGAACUGGAUGUUCAGGUAUCAUUUUUCCUUGA